CCCACCCCCACACUGCCCCACUGCUAUAUAAAAAAAAAAGUCCCUCCGGGCCGCGCUCCAGUCUUCAGUAUUCAACCUUCCUACCUGGCGCUGCCACUGCCGCUGCCGCUGCGCUCGCGCUCGUCUCUUUCACUGUCGUAGAGAGCGCGGCUGCCUACCUUACCUACCUACCUGGCUGUCUGCCUGCCUGGCUGCCUGCCUGCCUGCCUGCCUGCCUGCCUGCCUGUCUUCCUGCCUGGCUGGCUGGCUGGCUGCCGUCGCUGUGCUCCGCACGUUUUGGACUUUCGUGUUGGUAACUUCUGGAUGCAGCUCGGAGGCGCCAUGGCGCGCUGCCUGCUGGCCGCUCUGCUCGUCAUCCUAAUGCGAGCGCUCACCACGGAGUCGUCCGGCGUGUUCGAACUGAAGAUCGAGUCGCUGACGCGCACGGGCACGGGCACGAGCGCGCCGCUGUGCCGAACGCCGUCGCGCGUGUGCCACCUCUUCUUCCGGGUGUGCCUCAAGCAUGCACAGGACGUCAUCGACCCCAAGCCGCCCUGCACGUACGGGACCGCGCUCACCGAGAUCCUGGCCACUGACCCGGGCUCCAUCGGCGGCAGCGAUCCCCUUCGGGUGCCCUUCCACUUCAAGUGGCCUGGAACUUUCUCUUUGAUCUUGGAGGCCUGGACUGCCGAGUCUUCCCAACUCAACUCCGCAGAGAACCAGAACAACCUGAUCAGCCGCCUGGCGACACGGCGGCAGCUGCGCGUAGGCGAGGAUUGGUUACAGGACGUCCACUUUGGCGAGCGCGGCAGCCGUGUGCAUUACGCGUACCGCGCCGUGUGCGACCAGCACUAUCACGGCGACGCCUGCGCUGCCUUCUGCCGGCCCCGAAACGACACCUUCGGACACUACAGCUGCCGGCGCGACGGCCAGCGCCAGUGCCUGGACGGCUGGGCGGGCCAGUACUGCGCUCGGCCCAUCUGCGCUUCCGGCUGCAGCGCCGAGCACGGCUUCUGCGAGGCCCCCGGCGAGUGCACGUGUCGUCAGGGCUGGCAGGGCGAGCGCUGCGAGCAGUGCGCGCGCCACCCCGGAUGCCUGCACGGGACCUGCCGGCAGCCGUGGCAGUGCGACUGCAAAGAGGGCUGGGGCGGACUCUACUGCGACCAGGACCUCAACUACUGCACCAACCACAAGCCGUGCCGCAACGGCGCCUCGUGCACCAACACCGGGCAGGGCAGCUACACCUGCGCCUGCAGGCCAGGAUUCAGCGGGAACAACUGCGAGAUCAAGAACGACCUGUGCGAAAGCGCCCCCUGCAGGAACGGAGGCAGCUGCAAGAAUUUGUCGGACGGCUUCCUGUGCGUGUGUCCUCGGGGCUUCUCCGGCCCUGAUUGCGGCACCGGCGGCGUCCUGACGUGCGCCGACGAGCCGUGCUUCAACCGCGGCGUGUGCGAGGCGGCCACGUCGGGAGGCGGCGGCGGCGGCGGCGGCGGCGGCAGCUACACCUGCCGCUGCCCGCCGGGGUACGCCGGCUCCAACUGCGAGAUGAAGGCCAACCGCUGCAGCAGCAACCCCUGUGCUAACGGCGGCGAGUGCGUGGACUCGGGCUCCGACCAGGCGGACGCGGCGGCGUGCCGCUGCCGCCCAGGUUUCGCCGGCCCCCGCUGCCAGACCAACGUGGACGACUGCGCCAGCAACCCUUGCCGCAACGCCGGAACCUGCGCCGACGGCGUGGCCGACUUCACGUGCACGUGCGCGCUGGGCUUUGGCGGCAAGGACUGCUCCUUGCGCUCCAGCCCCUGCGACCGCUUUCCGUGCCUCAACGGCGGCCGCUGCUUUGCCCACUUCUCGGGGCCCGUGUGCCAGUGUCCGCCGGGAUUCAUGGGGGCGCGCUGCGAGGACGCGGUCUGGCCGGCCGGGCCGCCACAGCCGCCGCCUUCCGAGGACGCGUUCCCUGCCGCGCUGGCCGCCGCCUGCGCGCUGGCCGCCGUGAUGCUGAGCCUCCUGGCGGCGGGCGCCGUCUUUGUCGCGCGCCAACUGCGGCGCGGCAGGGAGCUGGCGGCCGCCUCGGCGUCGGUCAAGAACAACCUGGAGGCCGUGAACAACCGAUUGGUGGCCGAGGACAGGGGACACGUCAAAGUGUCCAAUAAGGACGUGGCGCUGAGCGGGGACGGAGCCAGGCGCGGGACUGUCUUCAAAAACAAAAUGGCCACUGACUACAAGCCGGCCCUGGAGCAAAUCAGCAACAAGUUGGACAGAGUGGAGCGCGAGGAGGCGGCGGCAACUUUGCUGGCAGAAGGGCGCUACCGGCCCGUCCUGGCCCUGCCCGAGCAGAUGGAACACUGCGUCUUUGCCACCGAGGUACACACACAAAAGCUGGGCGUUUGGGAGGAGGAAGGAACGGAGGGCGCUGGCUCACAAGUCAGCACCCGUGUGCACUCAACAGGCUCCUCUCCAACUCAAACAGGAAACAACGUGGCGGUCCAGCAAGACGCAAACUCACCUCUGACUUUUGCACAAUUUGGGGGCGGGGUGGGGGACAAAAAACAGAUGACUUUGUUGCUUUUCAAGGAUGGACGUAUGUGUACGAAUGUGUGUGUGGUUGUGUGUACAUCCAUCCAUCCAUCCAUCAUCCAUCCAAUCAUCCAAUCAUUCAUCCACCAUCCAUCCAUCCAUCCAUCCACCGAUAGGUCAUAUCAAUGACACACCUCUGAGUUAAAGAAACAAAAUCACUACAACUAAGAAUGAAAAAAAAAGCCUUUUGUUCAUGCAAUACAAUGCAACUGCAAAAAACACCAGACAACAAACUGAAAGUAGAUUUUCAAAAGUAGCGACAGCGUUUAAGGUUUACACCUCGCGCGUUGCAUCUAAAGAUGGCUAAAGAUAACUAAAGAUGGCGGAUUCCGCUCCAGGUAAGACAAACUUGACCAAAGAGUUUUUUUGGCCAAUGUUUCCUGGUGUUCGUACACAACGGGUGACUGAGGGCCUCCAACUGUGUGCUUGAAAAGAAAUUCAACGCAACUCACGACUCACAGCGAAGAUGAUGGGCAGGCCUUCCGCAUCACGUCAGUCACUGGCAUCUUUGUCUUCUUUGUCCUCCUCCGCAGGUUUGACCUCCAGCGCGGCAAAGGAUUUUUCUUUGGAAGAAGCCGACGCAAUGAAAGAAAGCUUUUCCUCCUUUCUUUGCUUUUGCCAAGAGAGAAAAAACUAGAGGAAACCAAAGACUGAAUGUUGCGCACCCUUUGCACUUUUCCAAUCCGGGCCUCCGUUUUGCCAAGCGUGUCGUUAACCUGCGCCCGCCGACGACCGAGCGUCGCCCAUCGGCAAAAGGUGCGCGCGACAUGCCACUUUGCCUUCGUGGUUUUAUACCGAAAUUGUGUCUGUGGUGCCAGUGGGCGGGUCUUCAAUUCAGACCAUGCAAUGUGUGUACAGUUUUAUUUAAUUUCGACGUCAACGUGUACAUAGUUCCUAUUUAACAAAUGCAAUCCUCAUCUAUUUUCCUAAAUAAAUGACAAAAGCAAACUCUCUG